CGCGCACUCAGGCCGGCGGGAGGCACCAUGUCCCCGGGGAGCGGGGUGAAGAGCGAGUACAUGAAGCGCUACCGGGAGCCGCGCUGGGACGAGUACGGGCCGUGCUACCGCGAGCUGCUGCACUACCGCCUGGGCCGCCGGCUGCUGGAGCAGGCGCACGCGCCCUGGCUCUGGGACGACUGGGGCCCGGCCGGAGCCUCGGACGACUCGGCGUCGUCGGCGUCGUCCGGCGCCGGGGGCCCCGCGCCCCAGUGCGCCCCCGCCUCGCCGCCCGCGGAGCCCGCGGCGCCGGAGGGGCCGGAACGGCGGGCGCGCGGGCCGGCGGAGGAGCGGGGCGCCGAGGCGGCGGAGGCCGAGGAGGCCCGGGACGCGGAGAGCGUGGAGGAGGCGGCCGCUGCGGCUCUGCCAGCACUGCCAGUGAAAGAUACAAAAGAAAAACCUGAACAACAGAUCAGAACAAAAGAGACUGACAAGUUACCUAGCAGUACUGAACCUCGACAGCAACAAAGUGCCUUAUUUGCUAGAGGAAAUAGGAAAGCAGUCAAAAGUCCUCAAAGAUCAUCAAGUAAAAUAAAAGAGAACAAGCAUCCGUUUGCCCUUUAUGGGUGGGGAGAAAAACAGACGGAUACAGGAAGCCAAAAAACUCACAACGUCUGUGCUUCUGCUCCGGUGCAUGAGAUUCAUGAAUCAGCAUUACGAGCCAAGAACAGAAGGCAGGUGGAAAAAAGGAAACUGAUGGCUCAGAGGCAGCGUGCUCACUCCGUAGAGGUGGAGAAAAACAGAAGGAUAAAGCCUUCCCCCUCCGAGAACCCGUGGAUGACAGAAUAUAUGAGAUGCUACUCAGCACGAGCCUAAAGGCAGAAACGGUUGCUGGGACAGCCUCUUCGAAAAAGUGUAAAUGAAAGAAAGAAGAAACAGAACAAAAGAAAAACCAUCUAAAGACAACAGACACAGGUUUAAGAAACCAGUGGACGACGCAAGGUUUUUCGUGGGGAAUUUCCUAAAGACUGCUCUAUUUCGAUAGAUCCUGGUCACCUACCUCAGCUGUAGGGCGACAGUUGAAGCCAUAGACAUUUGGUUAUUUCUGAAGCUAAUUCCCUAACUAUUUGAUAUUCUUAUAAGGGUUUUGUUUUAAAGCAUCUUAAUCUUUUCAGACACCGACACCGAAUGCCUUUAAAUGGCUACAGAUGCUUAACACAGUAUUUUUGUCAGAUUAGCUGGAGCCUGUUUUCACCCUGUUCUCAUCACUUUCCAGAUUCCAUAGCCCGUAAGGUCAUUCCGACUUGCAGCUUUAGACCCAUUUUCCUUUUGUGGAGUUUUCUUUGUGAAAGAAUAGCUUGUCAACUGAGUUUUCAACACUAAUAUUGACUCCUUGUGUAGUGAAACCAGAACUUACUUGUGUUUCAGUUUCGGGACCACGUCACAGAGACUGUGAUAUUUAAGAAUUGUCUGUGUUGGGGGAGGGUUCUCUUUUCUCUUUAGGAUGUCACUGAGGCACUUAUUAUCUCAUAGUUUAAUAGAUCGAAUGCAUUCCAAUGAAUGAAGUGCCAGUGCUGUGUCUUUAGAGUAGUAUUGAAACUUUUUUUUAUUAUUAUUGCAACUUUUUUUUUUUUUUU